AACUGCAGCCCCACAAAGGAAUAGUAGUUGCUGGGGUCACUGACCCCUGUUUAAAAGCAGGAAAGAUGUAAAAGAGGAAGGCAAAUAAUCCAGAAACUGCAACAAAUAAAUAAUGGAGACCUCCAGGCGGACUCCUUGCUGCGUCUCCCACACUUGUAACCCGAGCUGCACGUAGGAGGGAAAGCCUGGGGCUGUUGCCCUGUAAGGUAAAGUCCCGGCACACCGAGUGGAGCAGGGCAAGGGCUAGUCCUUCCUACGCACACAUUGCAGCGGCCCAUGUCUAGUUCAUGUAUAAUUCAGCACUGAGCGGAGGCUUCUGCCCAGAGACGCCUUUUCUCCGUCCCGAGAGUAGUUUCUUUUCUUUACUUUGUUUGGGACAGAGAGAUCGCGUCCCACGCAGCGCUGUGAUUGGCUCUCCUUGUCAUUCCUGAGGGCUGAGCCCGGUGGGGGGGGGGGGAAGGAAAGAAGAGAAACUUGUCUCCGUGUGACGUCACGGGCAGACUCGCUCUCAUUGGAACGCACGCAGAUUCCCGUGCCCCAUCGUCUCGCUGUUUGCCCUGCAGGAAGCACAACUCCCGCUGGAUCUCCUUACCGUACGCUUUAGUAUUCGGGGUAGUGAACCGAGGCUGCUGUGCUUCUGCUUGUGUCGCUGCUGCUGCAGAGAUGAAUCCGAGCCCACAUCUCCCUCCGCCGGGGCAGCAAUUUAUCCAUGUCACGCAGGACCAGGACACGGACCUCGAGGCGCUCUUUAAUUCCGUCAUGAACCCCAAGCCAAGUUCUUGGAGGAAAAAAAUACUCCCGGAAUCUUUCUUCAAGGAGCCUGAUUCGGGGUCCCACUCCAGACAGUCGAGCACAGACUCGGGGAGCCACCCCCCCAGACUGGGAAUUCACUUCCGAUCCAACUCGUCUCCUGCCUCAUUGCAACUAGGGACUGCUCCCAGCACUGCCCCCAAUAGCGCUCAGUUGCACGCUCACUUGCGCCAGCAGUCUUACGAUGUGACAGAUGAGCUCCCCCUGCCGCCGGGGUGGGAAAUGGCAGUCACUCAAACUGGCCAGAGAUACUUUCUCAACCACAUUGAAAAAAUCACAACAUGGCAAGACCCGCGAAAGACAAUGACCCAGGCAAUGGUUCACCUGAACCACCAUCCUGUCACCACAUCUACUCCAAUGAGCCAAAGAUCACUUGCAAUGUCCCAGCCAAACCUUGUGAUGAAUCAUCCCCAACAAAUAACUUCCAGCCCCGCCAUACCCCAACAGAACCACCCGACCCAGAAUCCUCAAGCAGCGCUCAUCAGUUUACCCAAUGCUCUUACCACCCAGCAACAGCAGCAACAGAAACUUCGGCUUCAAAGGAUCCAGAUGGAGAGAGAGAGAAUCCGGAUGCGUCAGGAAGAGCUGAUGAGACAGGAAGCUGCGUUAUGCCGACAAAUUCCAAUGGAGUCAGAAAACAUGGCUCCAGUUCAGAAUACAGUCAGCCCACCUGCCAUGCCUCAGGAUAUAAGACCUAUAACAAGCAAUGGCUCUGACCCGUUCCUCAACAGCGGCCCAUAUCACUCCAGAGAACAAAGCACAGACAGUGGCCUUGGCCUAGGCUGCUAUAGUAUACCAACAACUCCAGAGGGCUUUCUCAGCAACAUGGAGGAAAUGGACACAGGUGAGAUGCUCGUUCAGCCUUCCUUGAACCUGACCCCUCAAACGCGUUUUCCCGAUUUUCUCGAUGCCCUUCCAGGGACAAAUGUUGACCUGGGCACCCUGGAGUCUGAAGACUUGAUUCCUAGUCUCAAUGACGUAGAGUGCGUGCUGAAUAAGAAUGAGCCCUACCUCACCUGGCUGUAAUUGGUGUUAAGGCCACCGUGUUCUUAUUUAUCCAGCUUUUCAUAUGGAAAUAUACGUGAGCCUGAGAGUUCAUCAUCCACAUGCUGCCAUACUGACUUGAGUUAUACUAAGUUCUAUUCUCCACUGUCUGCUGCAUAUGUAUUUGUAUACCAGUGUGCAUGAUUCUCUUCCUUAUUCUUCAUCACUAUUGGCGCCAUUCUCUCAACUCCGCAUUUUACACCACAGCCCUUGGUUACACAUUUUCACUUAUGCAGAUGGCUUUAAAAGUAGAGCUUAGGUUGUGAGCUACAGACAUAGAAGCGGCUUAGGGCUGUCCUGUAUAAGCAGCCCUUGUUAAUAACUAGAGAACCUGUUGCAUAUUAAUCGUUUUAAUAUAAGCUUUUACAAAUCAGCGUAAGACUAGAAAGGCUGGAAAUAGGAAAUACACGUAUACUUUUUACGCUGUGCUACCUAUAUAUUUUUUGGCAGAAGCACAAAAACUGUUUUUUUUUUGUUUUAGUUGCCGUUCAGUAUAUUACUGUAUCACUUUUUGAUAAGGAAUACUUCACAUUUGAAAGUAGCAUUUUCUUUGGUAAGAAUUAUCUACACUACAAUAUUGUAACAUUGACCAGAUUGGUACUAACUGGCACCGUUUUUAUAAACCAUUUUUUUUUUUUUACCAAUUUAUCUUUUUUUAAGCAUCUUUGGUGUUCCUGUUUAUUUUGUAAAGCGCUAUCGUUUUGUAACUAAUUUUAACAGACAAAUUCAUUUUUUUUUCUUUGAAACACUACUCUAAAUUUGACACGAUCAAAGGGAUAAUGCUGUUUUUUUUUUUAUACUAAAUGCAUGACAACAUGCUCUAUGUGGUGUAAAGGUAGCCUGCUCUAUACAUUGUAAGAUAUUACUUUAUAAAAGCUGUAUCCCUAUACACGCAUUACAGCUAAGCAGUAAACACUAAUAUAUCUUGUAGAACCUGCAAAAUUACUUUUUCUUCUCCUGAUUUUUUUCCCCCACAGUGAGAAGUUUAUAUGGGGAUGGCAGGCAAUGAUUACACUAUAUAAUUUUUUUAUUAAUCGUUAAAGACUUUUGCAUUGUAAAUGCAGGAUUGAGUACGCAUACGGGCGAAUUUAAAAGAAAAACAAAAAACCCAAAUGCUCAUGACAUCCUUCUAUUUCUUGUAUGAUGAAUCAAUAUUCUAUUUAUAUCAAAAUACUAAGCUUUAUUUGUAAUUGUUGGAGAAAACACAACAGUUUUGUAAAAAAGGCAUUAAUGAUCAAAGUCUCUUGGUGUAACCCUAUGUAAUCCACAAGAGACCUCAUUUGCACUUAUUUCGGGUGGGUGAGUUCCUGCCUGGGCGGUGCACCCAUCUCUCUGGCCAUGUAGAGCUCUUUGAGCAGAUGAAGAAUGAGUUGAGUGCUUCAGAUGCAAUCAGAGGAAUCUGGUGGGCUUGGAAGAAGCUGAUGACAUGAGCACAGAAUGAUAGACAGAUAUAUUUAUAUACACUUGAGAAUCUGCCUUUAACAGAUGCUGGUGGAGCACUGCAGUGAUUGAACACUAAUUCCUUGAAAGUUGCUUCCAGAGGAACUCUGUAGGAUAACAUUGAAGUGAACAGCAGUCUCCCAGGCACAGGGCAGGGCAAAAAGAAAAAUGGCAGUGUAUAUCCAUGGCCUGACAGAAAGUGCAAAGACUUUAGAGGCUGGUCUACUCAAGGCCGGAGAGAACACAAACCCAGGACACUAAUCGUGUUAUCAUUACAGAAGUAUUUCAGAACCUACUGGAGUGUUUUGAACGUGCAUAGUUUCUACUGCAUUCAAACGUGCAGAUUAUUACAGAUAUGAAAUAUUAAGGAUAAGUAAAGAUUUAGACUUAGUAUUGAGAGUGCUUGAAAAAAAAAACAUUGCUUUUGGAAAGUGGUUAGAAUAGCAGAGAAAUGGUUUAUGGCUUGUUGAAUCAGCUCCUGGAAAUCAACUUUAGUAGUUUAGUCACCAACACGACCCAAUUCCCCAUUUGUUCCCCCGCCCCCCACACAAAUAUUUUCCUUAUGUGUUUUUAGGUGGUUAAACCGUUGAGUUCACCUUGAUUUUAAACCAGGACUUUUGUAUUUAAAAGGCAUGUGUGAAGUUGCAUGGCUGUUACUUUUACGUGAGGUUGAAAGAGACAAGAUCAGAGGUUACUGAGCUCGUUUCAGGAGCAUUACUGGGGUUCGGAAGGAUUUUUAGAUGUGAACAGUUCGAAAAUAUUUCUAACGGAAUUGACACUCUUGUUUGGCUCAGGCUGAAAUGCAGGCUAGAAAUAACUGCAAAUAUGUAAUGCAAAGCCAACAGUCAUUAAAGGGAUGUAAGGGGUUCAGACUGCAUUUUUAAUGAAAGGUCAGUAAAAUUCCAUGAGAUCAUGGCUUGUAUUAUGGCUAGUAUAAGUGCAAUCUCUUUGCAACAAUAUAUCUACAUGUUGGCAUGUGUAUGCAUGUAUUAUGUUAUUAGCUAUUACAUACAAUAUGUCUUUUUGUUUAGUCUAGUUACAUACAGCCAGCUGUGCAUUGUGCACUCAGGAGAGUCAUUGUGCAUUGGGUUAUAUUGCAAAUAUUGUCUUUUUAGCUGGAAGUUGGGUUGCCCUGAGGUUGGACAGGGAUUAAAGUGUUUUAAUAAUGUGGGGGCUGAAGCAAUCACCCUUUUAGGGAUCCCUGCUGAUAGCGAUCUGACUGCGAGUUCAAAUUGUAGAAGAAAAAAGGUUGCUUGGAACCUUUUUAAUAUAUUUUAUUGGAAAUAAUUGUUACUUUACAGCUCCCGUUUGCAGGUUAAACUAUAUAUUCAUUGUUUCAAGGAUGUUUGUAUUGAACUGAAACCCCAGUGUCUAUAGCAUGUGUGUGCUAGUACCAACCUGUAGCCAAUCAGAACACUGGAUGUUACACAAUUCAAACUCCAGGUUCAAUAGGGGCAGCAAUACAUUUUUUGCAUUUUUACUGUCAGCUUGUAAUUGGGAAAAGUCAAUGGUUGAAGUCCUGUGGUCCUGACAAGGUUGUGUGGGUUUUUUUGUUUUUUUUUUUACAGUGUUCCACCACUUUUCACUGUAAUUCCUAGAUAUGUGAAAUAGCAUUUGGUAGUAGCAUCAUGUUUCUCACAAUUGUUUAUAUGAUAUAUAUUAUAUAUAAAUGGGAAGCUAAAUCAAAAAUACAAACUGCAUCUAUAUAAAAGUGAUUGUAACAAAUACAAUAAUUGCUUGUUGCUUAUUGUAUUAAGGAAAAGCCUGUAGGGAUAUGUUGGGUAGCCUAAAGCAGGCCUGGACUGGGAGUCAAAAUAGGCCCUGCCAUUCCAAGUACACAGAAGCCCAAACAGCCCCCUUCCAGCCAAGUAUAUGGUAACUUUGUAUGGAACCAUGCAGCAGCCCCUCUGGCAUUUGCCAGAACCCACAGAUUGCCAGUCCAGGCCUGGCCUAAAGCAAUAAGUUGUCACUCAACCACUGUGGGUUUCAGAUCCCCUACCUUUUUCACCUGCGAGGCACAUUCAAAUGUUAAGAGUUGGGAAGGAACACAAGUAUGAAAAAAGCUUCUGAGAGGUGCCACGUACAGUAAGUGCAGUGAUUGUCAAUUUGGUAGGCCUUAUGGGGACUGAAUAUCUAAAUCGGUGGUCCCCAACCUUUUCUACCUGUGAGCCACAUUCAAUUUUAAGAGAGUUGGGGAAACAGCACAAGCAUGAAAAACGUUCCUGGGGUGCCCAAUAAGGGCUGUGAUUAGGGUUGCCACCCGGCCGGUAUUUUGCCGGCCUAGCCGGUAAAACACCUGCCAGGGCCAGGGCCGGUAUUAUAAAUUUACAGGCAAUGCAAUUUGUAAUACCCUUAACAAAAGCCCUUGACCCUCCGGCAGAAACGUACCUUUCCUUCGUCUUCUGCCCCUUUUGCGUCAUGACCCCGCCUAUUUAACCUUGGCUCCGGCCCUUUUUAUGUCAUAACCCGCACAUUUAGUUACCGUUUCCAUCACUGGCCGGUAAAUUUUUUAAAAAAAGGUGGCAACCCUAGCUGUGAUUGACUAUUUGGUAGCCCCUAUGUGGACCGGCAGCCUACAAGAGGCUCUGUUUGGCAGUACACCUGGUCUUUAUGGAGCCAAAACUUGCCUCAAAAAUAAUCACCUGCUUUGAGACUACGGGGAGCAACAUCCAAGCAGUUGGUGAGCAACAUGUUGCUCCUGAGCCGCUGGUUGGGGAUCACUGGUCUAAAGCAGCAGUCCCCAACCUUUUUUGCCGCAGGGACCGGUGUGAAGCCCCAAUUUCUUCAAAAUGGUCACGUCAGUGUCAAAUUUAGUGCGCCUGCAUCAAAUUUGGUCUCGGUUAGGCGGCCGACUUCAAGUAUGUCCGGGAUCCGGUAGUGGGCCACUGCCUGCGGUUUGGGACCCCUUGUCUGAAGGACCCUCUGUUUGGCAGUACGCCUGGUUUUUAUGCAACCAAAACUUUCCUUCAGGCCAGGAAUUCAAAAAUCAGCACCUGCUUUGAGACUCCUGUGAGCAACAUCCAAGGGGUUGGUGAGUAACAUGUUGGGGAUCACUGAUCUAAGGCUUAAUCUCCCACUCCCAAAAAUGAAUAAUCAGCUCUGAAACAUUGUAAAUACAUAUAUUUGAAUGUUACAAAAUAACCCUGCAUAGGAGCAGUUUUUAUUACUUUGAGCAAAAUGCUGAAAGAAGCAUCUCCGCGCCCUUGUGAUUAUUUUGUGUGUGAUUUAUUUUUAUAUCGUAGUAUUACUACAGGAUACUCAAUGUGAGUACUUAAAGAAUCAAGAACACAUACUCUUUUAUAUUAUAAUAAUGAUCAGCAGAAGCAAGUUUAGCUUUAUGCAACGCUCCAAACUAAAAAGCCCUAUUUCACCUGGCCGUGUGUAGCUAUAACACUGUCACACAAUCUUCCUACAAAAUGUUUUUACACACUGUAGUGUACAUAGCAUAGGUGUUCUUCUUGGGUUCCAUCCAUUUUUUUUUUUAUUACUGAACAACUUUUUUUCAUGUUGAACAAAUGUUUUUCUUUAUGUUGUUGCAUAUGAAUACAUUUUAUACUGAGUACCAAGCUGACCAAGCUUCAAGAGGGAAGGAUAAGAAUCCUAGUUGUCUCUGUAACAUCUUAGCGGAUUAGUUUGUUUUUUUCCUUUUUUUGGAACAACUAUGCAAUAAAACAUCCAGAAUGUU